AUUUGUCACUGGGGGAGCCAUGGCCUACAUGAAGCGGCUAUUUCAGGCGCUGAAGGACAACGCUUCAACCUCACAAGUGUGGCAUUCUCUCGGGCGGUCGCACGACAAACAAGAGGAAAGCAAUAAGGAGACCCAAGACGUUCAGCCCGUUGGCCUUACCUUGUCAAGCCUUUCGAGAGAGUUCUCCUUCGCCGCGUAUCUCUCGCCACGGCCGGUCGAAAACCAAGCUCAACUUAUGAUGGUGAUAUUCAAUGAGCAGCCCUUGGAUGCCACAUAUCUCGUCCUGCUCGCCCUCAACGAGGAAUGCCGGCGAAUGCAGCGAGGCUGUUUUUACUAUUUGCCCCUGCGGCAGGAAGUUUCCAAGGGCCACCCUUGUGACAUGGUCUUCAUCGACGAGCCCUGGGGCGCAAAGAGCGUGAGAGCAUGGGACGCUUCGAGUUGGGACACGCGACUUAGCAUGUGUGCUGCCGAAGGAAAGAUUGACCCUCAUGAGCAUGUGAUACCAGUGUGCUCCCGGAUUCUCAAGUUCGACCUCUCUGAGCCAGCAAAGACAUCGGGACGUGCGCAUGUCUACGCCAGCAACUCUGAUCCCGCCGUCGCCAAACACGCCAACAUCCAAACCUGGAGUCGCCCCUUGAAGGACGUGUCCCGGAUUCUGAUCGUCUACGCGCACCACCACGUGACACCCACCAUCUCCCACCUCCACGCCGUGGAGCACGCCUCCCAAUGCACCACGUUCCCGACGCCGAACGACCUUUCGCUGACCGCGGUCCCCAACUGGCAAGAGACCACGUCGGCCGUGUUUGGCAGAAAGUCAAACGUCGAUGCGCCCAAGUCGAGUGCUCGGCCCAACUCGAGCGUCAAAGUGGCCGGCGACGCGGAGGUGGUGCUUGCGCUGCUGCGCAUCUGGAACCGCGGCUGCGUGUCCGUCGACCUUGACAAGAACACUGAUACCGAAAAUAUCAGCAACGGCCUCGACCUCAACCUCGGGGUCUUCGACGACUGGGAGGUGGACUUUGGCUGUACCAAGCUCUUGUGGCAGGGGGUUGAGGACCGGGUGUACAACCACACUCUCGACGUGCAGGAGGCCAUGUUGCGAUUCUGGCCCAAGGAGUGACUGGCUGACCGACUGACUGGGUCAUGUGUCGUGCCGUGUGAGAGGGAAAAGGGUCCAAGAAGGUCGACGUGUGUCACAAGCCUGCCCGCUGAGAGAGCAAAGAUCGAGUGGUGGGUGAAACAAAAAUAUACACCAUGCGAAAGCCAGACAAGAGCGGACAGACGCAAAGGAAGGGCUGCUUAUUGGGAAGGGCUUGAGGACAACAACACGUCCAUGGCUUGGUGUCGUCCUGCGGUUUCAAGAAUAUCUCGAGAGAUAGAAGUAUCUUCCAGGCGGAAAGGCCUUGAAUCAACUCAAGAUUUC